AAUGUUAAGCAAACCUAAUAAUUAGGAUUCAAACUACUCAACAGUAGAAAUUAAGCAAGGAAUAAAAAGGAGUGUGAAAGAAAUUUCUAACUAUGCCGAAAUCAAAGCAAGCAAAGAAUAAUUUAAGGCAACGAAAAUUAAACAAAAAUCUUACAUAAGAUUAAAGCAAUAAAACAGAGUCUAUGCAUUUCCAUGCUACAAUGAUAACAUCAUAACACAUCAAAAAGGAGAGAAUUAACUACUUCGACCAAGAGUAAAUUAUUAUCAAUUUAUUUUAGAAUUAAGAUGAUGAUAAUGAAUCUGAUGAUGAAAUUAUAUUUCAAUCCUUGAGAUUCUCAUUAAAUACAUUAGUAGAAGCUUUGCAAAAUGAAAAUAAGAGAAAUUAUUCAUUUGCACAGUUUAUUUCAAAUGAUUUAUUAAAUUCUCUUAAUGAAUGA